AUGUUCCGCGCUCGGCCAAAACUGUCCGUCCGACUGAAGUCUCGGCCAAAGUCCAAAACCGCUCGGCCGAUCACGCAUCACGACCCGGGAAACAUUGUCCCGCGGUCGGCCAAGCCACACCGUCACGCCAUGCCGCGCACGACCAGCCGCGCGAGCCGGGAAACAAGCCUCGCGGCCGCGCAACCCUCGCGUACCACGGCCGAUGCAUCCGUCCGAGCCGGGAAAGAACGUCCCCGUCCGGCCGAGAAAUCAUCGGCCAAAUCUCAUCCGCUCGACCACGCCGGCCGACCGUGA